GCCGCUUCCGCUCCCCUGAGAGGCAGGCUCUUCGCCUUGGAGAAGGGAGAGCGCAGGGGCUUCGCUCCUUCUCGGAAAGAGCAGAAAAAGGAGGCGGCGGCGGCAAGGGGCCUCAAAAAGGAGCCCAACCCGACCCCGCUCCAGGGGCCCCUUGGUCCCUCCCGGCCUCCCCCCUCGACCCGCUCCCAAUGGCUUCUCCCAGCAGAGACCCUCUGCCUCAAGAAGAACAGGAAGCUAAAGAACCAGUGGAAGAUACUGAUCCUAGCACUUUAUCUUCAGAAGAAUUUUUUGGAGAGACAGAAAAGUACCCAGUUCAAGAUACAGCAUUACCCAAAGAUGAAGAGUAUCAAACAGAAAAAGUGACAUUGGAAAUAGCGUCUGUUAACAUUAGGAGCCUAACAUCAGAUUCGGGCCUGAUACAACAGCCAGAAGAAGACGAUGACAGUCAAAGCAGUACUGGUGAAUCGCCUACAGCUCUGAAGAAAUCCUGUACAGAAAAUGGCACCUGCUCCCUAUGUCUGUCUCACCAACCAACCAUCAAUGACUUGCUCAAUGAUGAGGACUUGCUAUAUAUGAUGAGGAUAAAGUUGGAUCCAUCGCACCCAACAGUGAAAAACUGGAGAAAUUUUGCAAGCAAAUGGGGAAUGACCUAUGAUGAAUUGUGUUUCCUGGAACAGAAACCACAAAGUCCCACCCUGGAGUUUUUGCUACGGAACAGUGACAGAACUGUGGAACAGCUGAUAGAACUCUGUAAAUUAUAUCAAAGAGUUGAUAUUGAGAAGCUAUUGCUAAAGUGGGUGGAGAAAGAAUGGCCAAAGAGAGGUCAUGGAACCUAUCAGAAUCAUUUCUAAGAGAGCAAACUUUUCUAUGGUGGAAAACCAAGAGAGGCUUGUUUUAUUUUGCCACUGAUAUAUGUAAGGAGCUUUUCCUUGCUAGUGAAAGGAGACACGAGUUCAUUUAUAACAACAUAAAACUGUUUCAUAUAUCUGCAUACCUAGCCUUUGUAGUGACAUUUAAAAUUAUUCUUAAAUGUUAAUCAAGUUGAUGUCUAAUUCAGGUAUCUUCCAUCUGUUAUAUGGAGUGUAUAGAUUCUUUGGAGUAAAAUCAAAAGAAUCACAGUCACAAAACAGGGUUUAGUCACAAAAUCAAAUUAAUAAAACAGGGCUUAGCCUGUCUGUACAAGCUAUUAUUUCUUUUUCACAAAUGUUGCUUGAAAUUCUAGUAACUGUAUUUUUUUACAAAGAGUGAAAUUGAAGUGUGGGUGGAAGUUUGGAUUCCUCUUUUGAAAAUUAAUUCAUCUUUGCAAUUGGGGCCUAGCCCACCCUUGAAAGAUUGGUUCUGCUCACCAUCAGUGAAAGGAAGCAGGAUAGAAUUAAUCCGGUAGAUCCUCAUAUGACUGCAUCAAAAUGGUCCAUUUUAACAUGGAGAUAUUUUUGUGUACAGGUUUAUGUGGACAGACUAUGUAUUUCUUGGUAACCCAAUACAAGAUUGCCAAGACCUGGCAUGAAGUGGAAUUAGUAAGCAUCUCCCAAGGCGACCACCACAGAACUGCUAACCUCCAGAGUCCUCAGUCUUGCUCUUUCCUCUUAUUCCUGUUUUAUGUUUGCCUGCCAUCUCUGCAUGAAUCAACAGACGAGGAGAUGAGGAUAAGAAACUCACCUUAUUCUCCCUCUCUUUCUUGCCAAGAAUAAUAAUGCAAAUCAAUGGCAGCAACAACAGUAAUGACAAGGAAGUAGGUCUACACACGGAGGAAGGCUUUUUUACAGCAGGAUGCUGUAGCACACUGAUUCUUAAUUUUGGAAGGGGUGGAAAAGGUCAUGGACUUCUUUGAUGAAAAUUAGGGACUUGUUUCUAAACAUGAUGGUGGUAGUGAUGAUGAUGUGUUGCAUGACUAUGUUCAGCCUACACUUGUUUGGACAGAAUCAAUGCCUUGAUCACAUAAUGAUACUUAAAUGUGUCUUUUUUCCAACAAAGGUAACAAGAACAAAUUGAAAGAAAGAAAAAAAAGUACUAUUUGUAUGCUUGGUUCAUGGACUCUCUUUAAUGCGUCCAUCAACCCUUGAUUAAAAAUCCUUGCUGUAGUUGAUAAUUAAGAAGACCCAGUGGCUUUUAGCUUUGUUUUUGUCACUGAGUAAAUGACAUAGAAAAAUCUUUUCUCUUUCUCUCUCUUUUUUUGCUGUUGCUUUUAAAAGUUGUGAUCAUCAAAUGCAUUUCCUUGACUUCACGUUGGCUUUUGUUCAACUACCUUCAGAGUAUUAGGUGUCAUUCAGAUCUUUCAAGUCCUGGCCUGCUUAAAUAAAGCGACCCUGAUUUUUCAA